UCUGACAGUUUCUUACAUCCUGGUCCCAUGGUUACACCCACACGUAAUUCCCUGCGUUGGUAUUCAAGCGGUAUGUUUUUUUUUGUUUUGUUUUAGGCCUCAAAAGGAAAACACUGUCAUUUAGUGUCAUACAAUCACGGCAUGAUCGUAAAUACUGACACGAAUCUGUAAAAAAAAUUAUACGCCAAUGAUACUUUUAAAUUUAUUCUGCGAUUGCCUAUUAGCUAUAUUAUCUAUUAGCUAUGCUAAAAACAAAUAGUGUUUCAGAUUAAGCAAUUCAAUUUAGUUCUAAAACAGAGAAUACUGUAGAAUUUGUCACUCUUAAUCAAGGAGUUAUGGGAACACAUUUGGCUCCAUCCAUUAGGCAAACAUAAGCAAUCAUUCACUCAGGCAGACUUGGCGUUUGUUCGUAAAUGUCUCGUCGUGAUGUAACUUUUCACAUUGUGUCAGCCACAUGAUCAAGACGCCACCCAGCUGCUGAUGCUGUCUGCAAACCUCCACCACUUGCAUCCACGACCAUGGAUCCUGCACUCAGAAAGGCGAAGCUGAUGUUCGGCCUGAAAGGGAAGAAGAAGAAGAAGGUCCACUCAGACUUGGUCUUGGCAAACAAGGCUGCUUUAGACAGUGAAGGUGAGGUCAGUUCCGAAACAUCUCAGUUGCUGGACGACAAAAAUGACGAUGAUCAACAUGGAUUCUCGGCCAUCAGAGCCAGAAUCAUGCCCAACACCAAAAGGGCCAAACUCAACACUCGCAUUCAGGAUAAUGAAGAGAAACCACAGAGCUUCCAGAUUGCAAUUAACAUCACAGAGGCCAAGCAGCUGGUUGGCGAGAACAUCGACCCGAGUGUCAUGAUUGAGAUUGGCGACGAAAAGAAACAAACAACAGUCAAAGAGGGAACCAACGCUCCCUUUUACAAUGAGUAUUUUGUGUUUGACUUCUUUGCCUACAAAGAGAUCUUCUUCGACAAAGUCAUCAGGCUGACGGUGAUGCACUCCAAGAUGUUGAGGAGCUUCUGCAUCGGCUCCUUCAAGCUGGACGUGUGGACAGUCUAUAAACAACCAGGUCACCAAUUCAUCAACAAGUGGGCAAUGCUGACGGUCCCUGGUGACAUCAGCACAGGGUGCAAAGGUUACGUCAAGUGUGACAUUAGUGUCUCGGCAAAGGGUGAUGCCAUGCAGCCUGGGAUAAAAGCCAGUGAUGCUGAGGAACAAAUAGAAAAGAACCUCUUGAUACCAGAAGGAUUCCCGUCGGAACGUCCCUGGGCUCGUUUUUCUGUGAAGGUGUAUCGAGCGGAAGGUCUUCCUCGCAACAACUCCAGCAUCAUGGCCAAUGUCACGAAGGCUUUCAUUGGAGACAACACAGCGCUCAUAGACCCGUUCGUGGUUGUUAGCUUCUUCAAACAAAUGGGGCGCACUUCCACACAGAAGUCCAACGCAGAUCCAGUGUGGAAUGAACAGAUCGUCUUCACAGAGAUGUUUCCUCCUCUGUGCCAGAGGAUGAAGAUCCAGGUUUGGGAUGAAGGAAGUGUGAGUAACGUUGCCAUAGGAACCCAUUACUUUGACCUGAGGCGCAUCUCUAAUGAGCAGGAUGGCGACAGAGGAUUUUUGCCAACUUUUGGUCCCGCCUGGAUAAACUUGUAUGGCUCCGUCAGAAACUCUCUGGGUGACGACACAGCCGAACUUAACGAGGGCAUUGGAGAGGGAGUCUCUUAUCGGGGGCGUGUCUUUUUAGAGCUGGCGGUGGAGAUCCUAUCAGGCGGGACAGCCCCAGAGUCCAAACUUGCCCGAAUGGUGAAGCCCUUAAGAGAUGCAAAGGCGGUAAAAGCCGGAGGGAAGGACGGUAAGACCCCAGCGGGUGGAGGAGUAGCCGGGGGGACAUCUGGAGGUACAGCUGAUGACGACAAAGGGAAAGCGGUUGCAGAGGUUCUACCUGUGGAAUGUCCGCCAACAAUUAAUACUGAGAACAGAGAGAAUUUCCUGCUCUUUGGGGCCUUGUUUGAAGCCACCAUGAUUGACAGAAAGAUUGGAGACAAGCCUGUAACAUUUGAGUUCUCACUGGGGAAUUGCGGUAACGUGCAGGAGCCUACGGGCCAGCCCGGUCUGAGCACCCCAAGUCCCGCGCUCAGCCGCAGGAGGCAGGCACAAGAUUUCUCAGACAGGACCUCCGCUUCCUCCCCACUAUUACCCAGAGAAUCUCAAGACCCCAGCAGGACCUCUAAGUCCACCACACGUCCCCAGAAACCACUCCUCGUCGAAGGAAACAGGUACUACAUGUAUUUGCCUCUGGAGAAACAGAAGCCCUGCAUCAAUGUGUUGAGUCAAUGGGAGGACAGAACCUAUCGGCUGUACAAUUCCAACAUGCUGGAGAACAUAGCAGCCCUGUUUGAGGGAGGCGUGACCAAGGCAGCUGAACUCCACAGGAAGUCGUAUCCCGAGGCUGAGCAGACAUUAAAAACAACAGUCAAAGAGUUUUGCAUCGAUGCCAGGCGUUUCAUAGUGGCGGCGGAGGCCAAGUUGAAGGCUCAGUUAAAGGUCAACUACCUGACGCAACUGGACAGGAAACGCCUCUCAAUGUGCAAACAAGAACUGGUGAGAGAAAACAAAAUACUCACAGAAGAAAGCGAGGCACUGCAGGAAAACACCUUUGGUGAAGUGGGUCCUCGCUCAUUUAGUCAAUGGAAAAGUCUCCAUAGCAGCGCCUCCGAGGAAGUGGUCAACCUCCGUUCUAGUACCGGUCGCCUUGGUCGGCAGCCUCCAGGCAACCGUGCCACAGGCUUUUCUGUGCAAGCCAAAGUUGAUGUGUAUUUGUGGUUUGGAUCCUGCACGGACUCCGCACACAUGCUGGAUGACCUGCCUGAAGGCUUCAGCGCUGUCACUGGCAGCGCUGACGCCAAAAGCCCCCCCACUCACCUGACAUGUACAGAGCAGCAUCAGUUCCAGUUACGGUGUCACAUGUAUCAAGCUCGGGGGUUGAUUGCAGCCGACAACUCUGGCCUUUCUGACCCUUUUGCCCGGGUCACAUACUUGUCACACAGCCAGACCACCAACGUGAUCAGUCAGACUCUCAGCCCCACGUGGAAUCAGUCCUUGCAGAUGAGUCAGAUCGUACUGAGUGGAGAUCUUCAACACAUCCAAGAGGAGCCACCAAGACUCGUCAUUGAAGUAUAUGAUGAUGACGCGCUGGGCAAGGCAGAGUAUUUGGGAGCCACAGUGGCUUUACCUGAAGUCCGCCUGCUCUCCGAGUCCUACACACCACCUACACUGCAGUACAGCCCGCUGCACUACGCCAGCCAAUCGGGAGGGGAGCUGCUGGCGGCCUUCGAGCUGGUGCAGGUUCCCAUGUCUGGAGAGCUGAGUCUUCCUCCCUUGGAGGAACAAGAAGGAGGCAUCUACACAGUGCCUGAAAACAUCAGACCUGUUCUCAGUACAUACAGGCUCGAGGUGUUAUUUUGGGGUCUACGAGAGCUUAAGAAGGUUCAGUUACUGUCUGUUGAUCGCCCUCAGGUGUACAUAGAAUGCGCUGGAAAAACGUUGCGUUCUUCUGUCAUUCAACGGUAUAAGUCCAACCCCAACUUCACCACCCUGGUUGACACCAUUGAGCUGGAGUUACCGGAGAACGAGCAUCUCCACCCACCGCUCAGCAUCACCGUUGUUGACUGGAGGGCUUUUGGUCGCAGCACGCUGGUUGGAAACCACGUCGUCAACAACCUGAUGACCUUUAAAUACAUUGCUCCCCCAGCCCAGCCUCCCUCCACACAGACGCACAUGCCACCUGCAGUCACGGACACCCCAGGACCUCAAAAAGCUGAUGAAUCUUGGCAGCCUGCUACAGAGACGAGCUCCACUGUGACGUCAGCAACCACCCCCGACGUUGCUAUCACAGUUGAGGAAUCGACCCCUGAAAAGACAGCACCCAAAAGGAAAAAGGAUAGCCACAGAAAGAGCAUCCAUCGUUCCUCCAAGCGAAGAAGGCGGACCGUUGCGGACGAGUCAGCAGAGUGUGUCAUUGACUGGUGGUCCAAGUAUUAUGCGUCUGUAGAGAAACAGACCAAACAAACAGAAGGAUCUCCCUUCCCACAAGUCUUUGAAAAAGCUUUGCCGUACCACAGCUUGCUCAGCGAUGGAAUAGACUCUUUAGUGAGCAGCUCAUCAGAUGGUAACAAGAAAAAGAAACAGAAGGGAAAAGGAACGUCAGAGCAGAACCUGAACCAGAGUCUGAGUCUACCAACCAAACUGGCCACGCUGCAGCUGUACAACAAGGAGUUGGAGGCAGAGUUCGGACCCUUCGACGAUUGGGUCAGCACAUACGAGCUGUUCCGCGGGAAGGCCAGCGAGGAAGACGGCUCGACAGAGGAGAGGUUCGUCGGCAAGUUCAAGGGGCGCUUCUGCUUGUAUAAGCUCACAGAGGAUGAGGAAGGAUAUUGGGAGGAAGACGAUGGACAUCUCAGAGUCAACAGAGGGAUUCCGCAAAACACCCCCGUUCAAGUCCUGAUCCGGGUUUACAUCGUCUCUGCAUCAAACCUGCACCCAGCCGACCCGGACGGAAAAGCAGACCCUUACGUCGUCAUUCAACUCGGCAAAAAUGAAAUCAAAGACCGUGAGAACUACAUCCCUAAACAGCUGAACCCCGUCUUUGGAAGGUCGUUUGAGAUGCAGGCGACAUUUCCUCAGGAGUCUCUGCUCACGGUGCUCAUCUACGACUAUGAUAUGGUGGGAGGGGACGACCUGAUAGGGGAGACCCGGAUUGACUUGGAGAACCGCUUCUACAGCCGACACCGAGCCACCUGCGGACUUCCAACCGAGUACAGUCUUGAAGGUUAUAACGCCUGGAGAGAUUGUCUGAAGCCAUCCGAGCUGCUGUCAAAGCUGUGCAGAGAAAACAACGUGGACGGUCCUCACUUCAGACCAGGAUGCAUCACCGUGGCAGACAAAGUCUUCACCGGCAAGACGCUUUUCACGCAUGAAGAUGAGGAACCGGUAGAGUCCUACGAGCACUUGUCUCUGAAGAUUCUGCAUCGGUGGGCUGAGAUACCAGCUGUUGGAUGCAAGCUGGUACCGGAACAUAUCGAGACCAGGACACUAUUUCACAAGGCUCGGCCCGGGAUGGAUCAGGGUCAGGUCCAAAUGUGGGUUGACAUGUUCCCUUUGGACCUGCCUCAUCCCGGUCUUGCAGUGGAUAUUUCCCCUCGCAAGCCCAAAGGGUAUGAGUUACGCGUCAUCAUCUGGAACACCGAGGACGUCAUUCUCGAGGACAGCAACUUCCUGACUGGUCAAAAGUCCAGUGAUAUUUAUAUCAAAGGCUGGCUGAAAGGUUUGGAGGACGACCGCCAGGAGACCGACGUCCACUACAAUUCUCUGACAGGGGAAGGAAACUUCAACUGGCGUUUAGUUUUCCCCUUCAGCUACUUGCCUGCUGAGAAGGUAGUUGUGGUAAAGAAGCGAGACAGCAUUUUCUCCCUGGACAAAACAGAACAGAAGCUGCCCGCCAUCCUGAGUCUUCAGGUGUGGGACUUUGAGACGCUCUCCUCCGACGACUUCCUCGGCACGGUGGAGUUAGACCUCCACAGCUUCCCGCGUGGAGCAAAGACAGCCAAAUCUUGCAAAGUGGACGUCUUCACGGACGGGACAGAGAGGAUCUCCAUCUUCCAGCAGAAGAGGUCCAGAGGAUGGUGGCCUUUCAGCAAGUCUGGGGAGUUGACGGGGAAGGUGGAGGCAGAGUUUCACCUUGUGACAGCUGAAGAGGCUGAGAAGAACCCAGUGGGGCGAGCCCGCAAGGAACCAGAACCGCUGCCCAAACCCAACCGUCCCGACACCUCCUUCUCGUGGUUCGUCAACCCCUUCAAGUGUUUCUUCCACCUGGUGUGGCGGAACUACAAGAAGUACAUCAUUAUCGCUCUGGUGCUACUGAUCACAGCGCUCUUCCUGGCCCUGUUACUCUACACACUGCCGGGUGCCAUAUCUCAAAAAAUAGUUAAUGGAUAAUACCUGCAUGCACAUGAAAAAAAA